UGAGGUGACAUGGCAAUUUUGGGUUCUCUGAUUGGUUGAUUUUUCUAUCCUAUGUGGACACCCUCUCCAUGGUUUAUAUCCCCCUUUUAGUAUAGUAUAGAUUUAUUAUACACACAACUGUAAACAAGGUUCUUGGGACUCUCUUCCUCUAGCCCUGCUUGAACCAACAGGUUUGAUGAUGUCGGGGAAAACUAAUAUUUAAACAAAAGACAAGACUAGUGUUAAAAAAAAAAAAAAAAACAAGACUUUGGUUAGAAAAUUAGCAUUGUGGUAUGGUCUCAUUACAAGACAGAUGGGGUCCCACUUCUCUCCUAUACUCUGCUUUCAUCAUCUCUUGUCUCUCUCUCCCCCUCUCUCAAAUAAGACUGAAGAAACCCUAUAUACCCACACUCUCUCUGCUUUUGUCUCCAUAUCGAGUGUGUGUCCUCAAAGCCUCUUCUCUUGGACGGUUCUUUUGAAAAGUCUCUCCCUUUCGAAUUCCUUGACUGACAAUGCGUGGUGGGUCAGAGCUGGAGCUCAGGAAGAGUAAUCUUCCGGCUGAGAGCGACCUGGAGCUGGGGUUAGGACUCAGCCUCGGCGGUGGCGCGUGGAGAGAGCGUGGAAGGAUUCUAACGGCUAAAGAUUUUCCUUCUGUUGGGUCUAAACGAGCCGCUGCUGACUCUUCCUCCUCUCACCAUGGAGCAUCUCCUCCUCGUUCAAGCAGUCAGGUUGUGGGAUGGCCACCAGUGGGGUCACACAGGAUGAACAGUUUGGCUAACAAACAAGCUAUGAAAGCUGAACAAGGAGAAGGAAAAGAAGAGGGCAAGAAGGAAGAUGAGCCUAAAGAUGUCUCAGUGAAGGUAGUUGAGGGUUCAGGGUUUGUGAAAGUGAAUAAGGAUGGAGUUGGUAUUGGAAGGAAAGUGGAUGUGAGAGCUCAUUCGUCUUAUGAGAAUUUGGCUCUGACGCUUGAGGAAAUGUUCUUCGGAAGGACAGGUACUACUUCUGUGGAAAAGUUGAAACCUUUGAGACUUUUAGAUGGAUCAUCAGAGUUUGUUCUCACUUACGAAGAUAAAGAAGGAGAUUGGAUGCUUGUGGGUGAUGUUCCAUGGAGAAUGUUUAUCACUUCGGUGAAAAGGCUUCGGAUCAUGGGAACCUCGGAAGCUAGUGGACUUGCAGCUCCAAGACAUCAAGAACAGAAGUAGAGAGACAAAGAAACAGCCCUGUUUAGCUUCUCUUCAAAAGCUAGCAUUGACAUGGUUUUUUGGUUUGGCAAGUUGCUCAAUAAGUAUACAUAAAAGUUGAAGUUUAGAUUUUGAUAUAUUAAUCCUGUUCGUGUCAGAGAGAAUGGUUUUGAUAUGUAUUUUCUUGCUCUCAUAAUGUAAAUAGUUGAAGCUAUCUAAAUGUGAUAUGAGUUCUAUUUUCU